AUUUAUCAAACAGACGUCCUAGAUAAGCCAAGUUUUCAAUUUCCAUUCUGAGUUCGACACUCCCAUCUCUAGAAAAGGUUAAUAAAGCUUGCACCACCUUCCUCCUCAAACAGAUCCUGAAACAUUUAUCAAACAAACGUCCUAGAUAAGGUAUGGAUCCGGACAGAACUUUGAGAGCAAAACUUCUCCAGUUGGAAUGCCACUUCACCUGGGCUCUGAACAGAGAUGAUAUAGAUCUAAAUGAUGUUCUCAAUAGACUGCAAGAACAGAUUAAGCUGUACUUCGGAAAGAAAGAAGGCCUUGCCAAAACUUACAGUCCUUUGGCCUAUGUCCAGUUCCUUCUGGGGUUUCACGAGGAGGCACAUAAUAAUCUCAUGACAUCCGUGAAGCUACUCAUGGAAUGCCACCAGGAUGAAUUUCAUAAAACUCUCAUUGUCACUUAUGGAAACCUUGCCUGGCUAAACUACCACAUGAAGAACUACAAAGAAUGUGAAAGUUACCUGAAGAAGCUUCAGAAGAUAAAUGAAACCUUACUCACUGAGUGGUCAUCUGUUCCAGAGGUGCUUGGUGAAAAGGGAUGGACUUUUCUUAAAUUCUCACAAACAUAUUACAACAGAGCCAAAGAAUGUUUCAGGAAGGCUUUAGAAAGUGAACCAGAGGAAGGCGAAUGGAAUGCUGGUUAUGCAAUUGCUCUGUAUCGCACCGAAUUCGAGAAUUCCAGUUUGGAUAAUUCGCCUACAAUAAAGCAGCUGAAACGAGCCAUUGCCACGAAUCCAGAGGAUGAUGUUCUCAAAGUCCUCUUAAGCAUGCGGCUGAUUGUUUACAAAAAGUACAAAGAGGCUGAGAGUUUGGUAGAGAAGGCUUUAGAAAGAUCUCCAGAUCACCCACAUGUCAUGCGAUAUGUUGCAAAAUUCUUCAGGAGUCAAGGAAGUGUGGACAGGUCAAUUCAUCUUUUGAAGCGAGCACUGGAAAAAUCACCCGAUUCGAGUUUCAUACAUCAUCAGUUAGCUCUUUGCUAUAAGUUUAAGAAAAUCCAACUGUUGCAGGAGCAAAGUCACCAUGCCAAAGGGGCAAAAGUUCAACAGAUUCGCGAUCAAUGCAUCUAUCAUUUAGAAAAGGCCACCAGCCUGACAGCCUCCUUCAUUUCUGCAAUGAGCGAUCUAGCGCUGCUGUAUGGAGAGAACCGGGAUAUGUCACGGGCUGAGGAGCUGUUUCAGCUCGCUUUUAAAGCAGCCAGAGAGAAAAACGACAAUCUACAUGUUGUCAAUUUUUGUUAUGCUGAAUUCCAGCUCUACUGCCACAGAUGUGAGUCGUCAGCUAUCAAAUACUUCAUGGAAUGUCUAAAGAUUAAACAGAAUUUACAAGAAGGGAAGAAAAGUGCCAACAUUUUAAAGAAGAUCGCUGACAAACGAAUUCAGAGAAACUCAAGUGAUGUGGAGGCUUAUGGGAUACUAGGGUUCCUUCAUAAGGUAAAUGGGGAGAAACGUCAAGCCAUUGAGUGCUAUGAGAAAGCUCUGAGUUAUGAAGACAAUGAUGAGUUCCUCAGUAACCUUAGUGAACUCAGGAUGUCCUCACAGUAAAGUCAUCACAUAUUAAAUGCUUACACUAUCAGAUGUACAUAAUGUAAUAUGCAUUUGAUUGUGCUUCAUGUACUGACACUUUAUGGCUAUUUAUUCUAUUAAUGUAUAAUGACGAUUAAGUCAGAAUAAAUAAAAUAUACUCUACCUUUAUGUUUAUGUUUUAAGAUUAAAGUAACUAAGGCCUAACAUCUAGUUGGCUAAAAAUAUUUUACAGGAUUUCUAAACUGUCAUUAUCCAAAGGCACUUUACACUAAGAGCUUAAAGUUUAAAUAACAUUAUCAUAUAAAUAUAAUGCUUGUUUGUUUUUCCGGUUGUUUUUUUUUAUUUUAUUUAUUUUUUCACAGAUCAGAACUUAUACCACAGGUAAUGUUGGUCAUAAGAAAGGUAAAUAGUUUCCUUUCAGAUCCCAAAGAUAGUUUAAUGUAAUGAUUGAUUGCAUUGGAGUGUGGCACGAAUUUGUGAAACAAACAAACAAGUGAAAUUAAAUGUAAUUUUAUGUUAUAUGUUCUCUCCACAAAAAAAAAAAAAAAAAGUAAUAUAAGAAUUAUAAGGCACUGGUAAAAUAAAACAUUUACCUUUAACUUAGCAUUUAGCCAUCUCAAUCAUUUGACGGCAUUUUGUUCCCCACGUGUUUUCCAUGACCCAGUUUUCCCUCAUGUUUAUUAUGUUUAUUGAUCCUAGGUGCAUCUCAUCCAUCUUCUAAUGCAUUUAAGUCCCAGCUUUAGCGUUUGCUGUUUGUCUGGUAUUGAAUGAAUACGUGGUUCUUUGUGUGUACUCCUGCCUGCCCUGUGUUAUACCUUGGUUUUGUAUUAUUAAAGACCAGUGUUUGAGUUA